AUGGUAGCUCCACAACUCACAAUUAUCAAACUGUCCUCUCAAUUUGCCGUGACACGUGCCAACCGAACGGCUGUGCACACCAAAUUCGCAACUGAUUAUCAUUAUACUGAUCGUGCCUUACAAGCUUUCAUAUCGUUAGGAGCAUGUGCAUUUCUCACUUUAUUGUUAAGCGGUGUGUUUUUCUCUGUGCAUUCUUCUUUAACAUAUAAUUAUUCGGGAUUUUUGCGUCAUCCGGAGGAGGCUUCAACUGAAACGGCCUCCGUUCCACACACCCAGUACAGUGGUUCGCACCAUGGGUGGAUCACAGAGCAACAAACGGAGGACAACCCGGACAUUAUUCUCUUCAAUGUCCGCGGUCUACUUAACAAGAGAGAUGAAAUUGAAGCCUUUGCUCAUGCCCGCAAGCCGGCAGUUGUCGCUCUCACAGAAACCUGGCCGGUGGGCGACAUUGCCGAAUCUGAAGUGUCAAUCCCGGGUUAUAUCGUCUGUCGGGCGAAUCGGAACCCAAAACGGAGGGAGAUGGAUUAA